AAUCAAACGGAUAAGAAAACCUUACUCUUUGAGUUGUCUGGUUUUAUCGCGAAACAAUGGAAGUAGGAAUGUCUCUGCACGCGCUCGUGUCGAGUCCAAGGUUCCUCGACGACGCGCCGGUGGGACACUUUCUGUUUUCUAGCCGGAGACAGAGUUUGAAGGUUCAGCCAAUGAGAAAGCGCCACGUGUUGGUGGUUGAAGCAAAAGGCAAAAAAGGAAUGGUGGCGCGUCAAUUUCAACGCCCUCCUCCUCCUCCCUUACCCAAAAUCGAAGACGAUGGCAAUCCCAAAUUCGUCAUCUUCAUUCGCAUGGCCAAUGUAUACCUUUGGUACCCUCUUAGUAUUGUGCAAGGUGGCACCACUGCUAAAAUCAUGGUUGCAGCUAAAGAUAAUUUUCUGGGCAAGUAUAUCUACAAAGAUACCCUUGAUAGAAACCUUGCUGCUGUUAUCUACAGAGAUGAGAAGGAGAUACAGAAAUCGGCAUUCAAACAGUAUCGUGUACUGCAGUCAGCUACUGAUUUCAGAUAUGGCUACAAACUUAUUGAGAAUGGCAAUGUAAGAGCUGCACUUUCUACCACAGACGUCAUUGAGCUUCCAACAAAAGAUCAACUAAAAACCGUACUUGAUAAAGUCAAAGACUUUUUUGGAGAUGCAAAGGAGUCCUUUGGAAAGAUUACAUCAUUGGGUUCCACUACAACCGAUGAUGAGUCAAAGGAAGAUUCAAAAGAAAAGGCCAAGGUUAAAGGAUGAAACAAUAGCUGGGAACGAUUUGUUUGAAUUGUUAUUAAUACCCUGCGGCCUUGUGAUCUCAGAAAGCUUUGUGCAUUUUGUGAAUUGGUUAAUGGGAAAGCUUCUGUGCACAACAAUGAUACUCUUGGUUUUGUUCUUAUAUCUGUUGUGUAACCAUCGAAGUUAUUUUAUGUUCUGCAGAGUAAAAACACCUAUACAAUGCUGAUCACUGUUGUGUUAUAAUCCAUGAUGCUUUGGAAUAGAGAGCAUGUAGCAUGACCUUGUAAUGCCACCAUUGUUAAAUCAAGAGAUUCCUGGAACUGUUGUACAAAUUACUGGUUCUAUUAUCUGUGCAUUUUAUUUGACAGGAAUUCAUUAAGUAUUCAGUGAUUGCACUAUCAACUAGACCAAU